GUACUAAUAGUGGAGUAUAUUUUUUCGUUAUUCCAUAAACCCUAAUAAAAGCACUGUCGUCGUUGAGAACUCGACCACUCACUCCCUAGGGUUUAUUGUUCUGUUCUUCGUUGAAGGUGAUGGGGUUUGGUGGCUCCCUUUUGAUCUCGCGAUCCACUUUUUCGUCUUCCCGGAGGCGUCUGGCUCUUGCUGCUUUCGCCCAUUUCUUCUCCCAGAAUCCGUCACAUUUCCAUUCUGUUGCCUCUGCUUCACCCCGUCUUCACACUCAUGAUACUUGUUCUGCUGUUCCCAAGCCAAGUCCCUGGAUUGGAUUCACCAGGGAUUUGCAUGCGGCCACAAUUUUGCGCUCAGGAUUUCCUGCCGCUGAUUAUUUUGAUGCCGAAGAGAAAAGGGCUGUCUCCGCGGGACAGGCUGAUGACGGUCUUGAGAUCGCGAAACUUGGGAUCGCUCAGGAGAUUGUAUCCGCCUUGGCACGCAAGGGCAUCGAGAAGCUUUUUCCAAUUCAGAAAGCAGUUUUGGAACCAGCUAUGCAAGGUCAUGACAUGAUCGGCCGGGCAAGAACAGGAACAGGAAAGACUUUAGCUUUUGGAAUUCCAAUCAUGGAUAAGAUCAUCAAGUUCAACGAGAAGCAUGGACAGGGCAGGAAUCCUCUCGCACUUAUUUUGGCUCCAACUAGAGAACUUGCUAAACAGGUUGACAAAGAGUUUUACGAGUCUGCUCCAAAACUUGAUACACUGUGUGUUUAUGGUGGUGUCCCGAUAUCACGCCAAAUGAGUACUCUUGACCGCGGUGUUGAUGUUGUUGUUGGGACUCCUGGCCGUGUCAUUGAUUUGAUUAAGCGUGGUGCUUUGAACUUGUCAGAAGUGCAAUUUGUUGUCCUUGAUGAAGCUGAUCAGAUGCUCAAUGUGGGAUUUGCUGAUGAUGUUGAGACCAUUUUGGGAUAUAUAACACAGAAGCAUCAGACAAUGAUGUUUUCAGCUACCAUGCCAAAAUGGAUAUUGAAACUUACUCAAAGAUUCUUAAAAAACCCAAUAACUAUUGAUCUUGUGGGAGAAAAUGACCAGAAAUUACCUGAUGGGAUUUCUUUGUAUUCAAUUGCUUCAGACAUAAGAGAGAAACCCGGAAUAAUUGGACCUCUCAUAACUGAGCAUGCAAAAGGAGGUAAAUGCAUUGUAUUUACCCAAACAAAGCGUGAUGCCGAUCGCUUGGCGCAUGCAAUGCAAAGGAACUUUAAUUGUGAAGCCUUGCAUGGUGAUAUCUCACAAAACCAAAGAGAGAGAACACUUUCUGCUUUUCGAGAUGGACAGUUCAAUAUCCUAGUGGCCACUGAUGUAGCUGCCCGUGGACUUGACGUGCCAAAUGUUGAUCUGGUGGUACAUUAUGAGCUUCCAAACUCUUCUGAGUUAUUUGUUCAUAGAUCUGGACGAACCGGUCGGGCUGGGAAGAAAGGUAGUGCAAUCCUUAUUUAUUCUUCCCAUCAAUACAGGGAUAUCAAGGCUAUUGAGCGUGAAGUAGGAUGCCAAUUUAUAGAGCUACCGAAGAUAGCUGCUGAGGAUGGAGCCUUAGGCAUGUAUGGUGGCAUGGAGCGAGGUGGUCGUCUUGGUUAUGGUGGAGACAUGGGAGGUGGUCGCUUUGGUGAUUCUGGGUUUGGACGGUCAGGCGGUUUUGGUAAUUCAAGGGGUGGUCGUUCGGGUGGAUAUGGGAAUUCAUGGGGUGAAUUUGGUGGGCAACGUUCUAGUCGCACUGGCAAUUUUGGUGGUUUUGGUUCUGGUCGAUCAGGUGGUUUUGGAGACCGGGAUGGUUCAGAACGGAGAAGUGGCUUUGGAAAUGCUGGAGGUCCCAGUCGCUCUAGUGGUUUUGGGAAUUUUGGCUCGGAUCGUUCCAGUGGAUUUGGCAAUUCACAAUCUGGGCAGAGUUCUCGUUCAAAUCGCUUUGGUGACAUUAAUGAUGGCAGCAGUGAUGGAAGCAGGAGUUCUGGAAGGAGACUUUUCUGAACCCACUGAUGGGUAAUGUUUAUCUAAACCAGACCUGAAGACGGGUGAUGUGGUUCUGUGGGGACAAAACCUUUUUGCCACAAUAGCUUAUGUGUACUCUUCUUCCGGGUUUAUUAAAGGAGUCGAGACAGCCUGGUGAAAGUGUUUAGAGUAUCCACCGGAAGGAAUUAGGUAUUCACAUAAAAUGCUCCGAGCAUCGCUUAGACUUCCUAUACAUGUAAUAUAAUGUAAUGUAUCUCUCUUUUUGGCUAUUAUAUCAUUUUGCAUUCAUACCUACUGAUUUCAAACUUGAAAUGGAACAUUGAAUAGCCUAAAUUUUCACUGCAUGUGUUUUGCGAUCCAUUUCUGUGUACAAAUUAGCUGGGCAGUAGCAUUAGGAAUUAGGAUUCUGUCUUUAUUGUACCCACCAAACUAUUAGUGUAAUGCCUGCUUUUCCAUGCAAUAAC